CCUUUUCCUUAAUAAAAAAAAGCUUGCCACUGUAGCACUAUCUCAGAUUCUUCAUCUCUUUCACUUACAUAAAACGAACGGUUCCUUAUACUUCCACUUCCACAUCUCUACUAUUUCUUCCUUUUGUUUCUUCAUCAUCGAUCGUCUUCCUCACAAAAGCAAUUAAUCCAACAAAACCAUGGAAGAACACUACGGUUAUCAUUCAUCGGUUGUUUACCCCAUGGAGACAACCCAACCGGAGAACGUACUCAGUUAUCUUCCUGUUGUAAACUACUCGACUCAGCCACCUGCCUUUGAGGAGCACGUGUUUGGGUUAUCUGGGUCGUCACCUGGGAUAUCCGAUGCUGAUUCAGUGAUUGCUGAGAUUCCAAGAGCUGGUUUUGAAGAUGACCGGGUUUCAAGUACUGAUAUUAGGGCUAAAAUUGCCUCUCACCCUCUUUACCCUAAACUACUUCAAGCUCAUAUAGAUUGCCACAAGUUGGGAACACCGCCGGGGAUAGCGACAAUGUUAGAUGAAACGGGCGGAGCCGAUGAAAGAGGCUUAGACUUAGUUCCGUGCAGCGUGGAUGCGGAUCCCCAGCUUGAUCACUUCAUGGAAACUUACUGCGAAAUGUUGGUGAAGUUCAAAUCAGAUCUGUCAAAGCCAUUUGAUGAAGCCACCACGUUUCUUGACAAUAUUCAAAUGCAGCUUUCUCAUCUCUGCAAUGGGUCAUCGGAAGAAGACUUAAGUGGAGGUGAGAUGGUACCCCAUGGUUAUCACAAAAAUGGAGACCCUCAACUCAAAGACAAACUCUUGGAGAAAUAUAGUGGUUAUAUUAGUACACUUAAGCAUGAAUUUUCAAAACACAAAAAGAAAGGCAAACUACCUAGAGAUGCAAGGCAAAUAUUGCUUCACUGGUGGGAUCUUCACUAUAAAUGGCCAUAUCCAACGAAAUUCAAUCACACAGGAAGCAGACAAGGUUGGUCUAGCUGAAGCAACAGGACUGGACCAGAAACAGAUAAACAACUGGUUUAUAAAUCAAAGGAAACGACAUUGGAAACCAUCGGGGAACAUGCAAAUCGCAAUUAUGGACAAUUUAUAUGGACCGUUUUCCAUGAAUGUAUAAGGUGGGAUUCGCACUGUAUAUUAUUCAUCCUCAACUUUUAUGUUUAUCAAAACGUUUCAACGUGUAUUUUAAUUGGUGCUCUAGUCUGGCUUCAUUCCAACUGAAAUUAAUAAUAUUUGUGAUAGACAAUAUUCUUCUAUAUUUGUCCCUUUUCAAAAUGGAUCAAAUUAAGAGAAUUUGAAAAGCUCAAA